AUGGCUGACCUCGACAAGGCCACAAAACAGAUCUUCAACACAGACUCCCGGUCGCUGGCGCCCGGGGCUGUCGGUUCCCAACUCGCCCUAAUGUCUGUCAUUUCAAUAGUCACGAUCCUCUUCUUCAACGUCCUGCGCCCGAAGAACAAGAUAAUCUACGAACCCAAGGUCAAAUACCACGUAGGGAACAAGCCUCCUCCAAGGAUAUCCGACUCUCUAUGUGGAUGGUUGCCCCCGUUGAUACACACGAAGGAGCCGGAGCUGGUAGACAAAAUUGGGCUGGAUGCGGUGACUUUCCUCCGCUUUCUGAGGCUCAUGCGUUGGCUGUUCACAGCAGUCGCCGCCCUCACCUGCAUCGGCCUGAUCCCUGUGAACGUCGUCUACAAUCUGCGACAUGUCGAAUCUAAGGACCGCGACAAGCUGAGCAUGCUCACGAUUCGCGACGUGCACGAUCGCUGGCUGUUCUUCCACGUCGUUGCGACAUACCUUGUCACAUUCACCAUCAUUGGAUUCGUGUACAUUCACUGGCGCGAGAUGGUACGGCUACGCCACGCAUGGUUCCGCUCCCCAGAGUACCUCCAAUCGUUCUAUGCUCGCACACUCGCAGUUCUGCAUGUCCCGAAGAAAAACCAAAGCGACGAGGGCAUCAAAGCCAUCUUCGAAUCAGUGAAGGUGCCAUAUCCCACCACGAGCGUGCACGUAGGCCGCAAAGUCGGCAGGCUGCCUGAACUGAUCGAGUACCACAACGAGACAGUGCGGGAACUGGAGCAAGUGCUCGUCAAGUACCUCAAAGGGGGCAGGAUUGGCAAGAAACGUCCGACAAUACGCACGGGGGGAUGCUGUGGGAUAGGUGGCACGCAGAGGGAUGCUAUAGAGUUCUACACCGCAAAGCUCAAACGCACAGAGGGUGCGAUUGAAGACUACCGCGCGCAGAUCGACACACGCAAGGCUGAGAACUACGGGUUUGCAUCGAUGGCUGCCGUCCCCUAUGCUCAUAUUGUGGCACACAUACUGCGCGGCAAGCACCCGAAGGGGACUGAUAUCACAUUGGCGCCCAAUCCCAAAGAUAUCAUAUGGGAGAACAUGAACAAGUCUGAUGGAGAGAUCGCUCGCAAGAAGGCGAUGGGGUUCCUCUGGCUGGCCCUCGUCUGCUUCUUCAACACCGUCCCACUCUUGAUUAUUUCAGCUCUUGCUAACUUGACAUCCCUCACAACCUAUGUCGGCUUUCUCGACGAGUGGCGCACCACGUCGGGAACCACCUUUGCGAUUGUUUCUGGUGUCCUACCUCCUGCCGUUUCUGCACUCUUCGGUUUCUUCUUGCCCGUUAUCAUGCGAUGGCUCUCCCAGUACAUGGGCGCUCUAACACACUCGCGCCUGGACAGGGCCGUCAUUGCCCGCUAUUUCGCGUUCUUGGUUAUCUCCCAGUUAGUCAUCUUCACGUUGAUCGGUGUCCUCUUCAAUAUCGUAAAGGAAAUUGUUCGUCAAGUUGGGAAGAAGAGCUUUGCGGAGAUCAUGAGCAGCUCGUCCUUGUCGACUUUGCCAGACAAGAUCAAUAGAACGUAUAUUGAUCAAGCGCCGUAUUGGUUGACCUUCUUCCCUCUACGUGGUUUCCUCGCUAUCUUUGACUUGGCGCAAAUCGUCAAUCUGAUCUGGAUAUCUUUCAAGACCCAUGUCUUCGGUCGAACACCAAGAGAUAUCAGAGAGUGGACGCAACCUCCCGAAUUCCAGUAUGCCGUUUAUUAUUCGAAUAUCCUGUUUAUGGGUUGUGUUGGUAUGGUAUUCGCCCCUAUAGCCCCUCUCGUACCCCUCGCCGCCGCCGUUGUUUUCUGGAUCUCGUCGUGGGUCUAUAAAUAUCAGUUGAUGUUCGUGUUCGUGUCGAAGGUUGAGACUGGUGGCCGCCUUUGGAAUGUUGUCAUCAACCGUCUUCUCGCCUCUGGCGUCCUGAUGCAAUUGCUGAUGAUCUUGACUAUCGGCCUGCAAUACGAGUUCAAAUCCCUUCAAUGGCUUUCCUCUUGCCCUCCCAUCCUGUUCCUACUGGCCUUCAAGAUCUACAUAAACCGCACAUUCGACAGGACGUUCCGGUACUACCACCCAACUGAAGACGAGCUUAGACUCGCGAAAGUCCACUCGGAGCGCGCUGAUCACAAGGGCAACCGUCUUGAGAAGCGCUUCGGGCACCCUGCGCUGCACACGGAUCUCUUCACGCCCAUGUUACACGCUAAGAUGAUGCCGCUUUUGGGCGAGGUUUAUAAUGGGAAGAUUGGGAAGGACGAGGCGGCGCUUGGGGAGUAUGGCGGACAGAAGAUGGAGACUCAGGUUGUGGAGGGCAUUAAAAUUGCAGCUAUCGAUCAACGCGAUCUGGAAUACGACCCUGCGCUCUACCAACGCGAUCGUGGUGAAUUGGACUGGGAUACCAAAUCGGUCUCAUCAUUCAACGUACUCAACGACGGAGGGUCGCAUCUCCAAGCUUCGAAAUCCAUGUACUACGCAAGCACUAAUGGCAGUGAACCCAAACUCGGAGGGGUCUCGAAUUACGACCGCUAUCUCGCACAGGGACCGAAUCAUGGUGGCUUCGACUCCCAGGACAUCGAACUGUCGAGGAUACCAACAGAUCAUCAGCCUCUGCUUCCCCCAAAUCAUACGGCUGUGUAUCCGCAAGGUGGAGCAAGCAGGAGUUCAUUCUACGCUUCUGACGCGAGUCUUGCGUCGCCCCCGACAAUGUAUCAGGAGGGUCCUGGAUUGAGGGAAGCACCAAUUCGACGGACGACGGGCAUGACGGUGGAUGCACGGUCUCAGGCUCCCAGCUACACGAGUCUAGCGGAUGCUCCAGGCUACUUUGAUAAUCAUCAACAGCCGCCAUUCCGAACAGGUACACCAUCUCAGAUGCAACCCCACCAAUACUACCAGCAACAGAGUUCAGUAGAUCCACGGACGCAGACGCCACCACCAGGGCAUCGGACACAGCCUUCAUCUUCACUAUCGCAUCAACAGCACCCCUCGUAUUCGCAGACACAGCAGCAGCAACAGCCCUCACACCAGCGGCAGCAGAGUAAUAUGAACAUGGCUGGCCGGGGCGCGUUCAGAGGAGGAUACUAA